CACCUCUGCUCCACUAAACACUUAACUGUGACACAGUCACCAGCCCUGAGCACUGAUUUGUUGGCUGCAGAAUCCAGUUGUUCUCGUUGGGCCAGUUGAAGAGGGCAGGGGUGCAGGUGAAAGGAAGAGAGGGAGGGACUGAUCCAAGCAAAGAGAAAGAGGAGGAGAAAGCUAACACACAACAAUAAUGACUGGUGAAACAAAAUGGAUCCAACCAAGCCCAGCCUUUCCUCAAAAGCACCACAUGUAAACAACAGUGGGGGAAAUGAAUCACUGAUGGAAGAAGCAUUUGUGCCGUGGCGAGACGGUGUAGACGGGGAGAGGCAGAGGGACAUGGAAACCAGAGAGCCAGAAGCUGUUGAUGAGACGACAGCAGCUGCAGAGAUAAACAAUCACCACAGGGGGUCAGCAGACAAACACAAGUUCAAUACGUUUGGCUAUCAGAGGCGGACCAAGCAGAAGGUCGUGACUGACUUUGCAACAGUGACUAAGGGAGCAUCUGCAGUAGCCAAACCCAGAGCUGCACUGAGACAGGUCCUGUUCAGCCAGGGAGUGUCUGAGAAGAACCCUGCGUCUGAGGAGCGAGGUCAGCUGGAUGUGUUGAAGCAGGAUCUGAGGGCAUACGCUGUGCCAGUCAGUCUAAAGUGGAGUUGGAAGGAGGAAAGUCAGGGAACCACAUUGGAGAAGAACUGGACAGAUAUAGUGCACUCUCAUUCAACGAUGUCUAAGAUGCAGAGACACCAACAGGAGGCGCUGUGGGAGUUUGUCCAUACUGAGCUCACCUACAUCAACAAGCUAAUUAUCGUCAAAGACUUGGUUAUUGCAGCUCUUGUCAACCUGCACCAGCAUGGAUUUCUUCUGGAGGUGACCCCUGAGCUGCUUUUCUCCAACCUUCCCUCCAUCCUCAUCGCACACCAGCUGUUCUGGCAGGAGGUGAUUUAUCCCAUGUUACAGGAAGUCCGGAGGACAGGCCAGCCCUUUGACCCCAUGAGGUUAGAGGCCGGUUGCCUGCAGUUCCAUGAGCGCUUCUCUUCCUAUCAGCAUUAUUGUUGGGAGGAAGAAAACAAUCUUGAGUUUACACGCAGACAGAUGGAGAGCAACCCAUAUUUCUUUGCUUAUGUCCAGUGGGUGGAGACUCACCCUCAGUGUGAGCGGAUGCGGCUCGGGGACAUGCAAGCCAAACCCCAUCAGAGGAUCACGAAGUACCCUCUCUUGCUCAAGGCCGUGCUGAAAACCACCCAGGAUCCUCGUGUACAGCACACACUCAGAGGCAUGUUAUCCAGUAUAAACAGUUUUUUGGAGAGUAUCAAUGACUACCUGAAGUUAAAAGAUGAGGAACUCGCUCUCGUGAUCUCUGCUCAGAGGGUGGAGGGAUACGAGGUGGAGGGAAUAAAUGAAGAAAUUGACAAGCAUGUCCGAGUGAUCUGCCAGUUUGACCUAACAUGCCCCAUCAGAGGAGUAGGUCCUGAAGUCGUACGUAAGCUGCUGCUGGAGGACAACUUGAAGAUUCGGGGGAGAAAAGACAGCAAGCUGGAGGUGGUGGCUCUACUUUUCUCAGAUGUGCUUCUAAUGACCAAAGUCCAAAAGAAAGGAGAGCGGCUGAAGGUAGUUCGACCUCCUCUGGCUCUCGACAGAACGUAUUGCAUAGCACUGAAAGAUGGCUGUUCAUUUGUUCUUGUGGAGGUAGGUGAGCUUCGGAGUGCUAUGAAUGUCUACAUAUUUGCAGCUAGCACCUCAGAGAACUGCUCCACAUGGAUCUCCACCAUCUACCAGGCGAAGGAAACACUGAGGAUCCUGAGAGAGACAGAGAGCAACAGACAACUAGAAAACUGGAAAAUCCAGCAGCUGGAGGCCAAACCUGUUACAGAAGCCAAGAUGGACGAUAUGGAGACAGAAGAACAACCUCUUGCGAAAUUAAGAGAGACUUUUGUGGAUGAACUUACUGAGAAAUGUAUUAUCCCCCAGUCAAUAAAUGGGAUGUUGGUGUCUAAAGAAGCAGAGGAACAGUAUCAACCUCCAGAUGAUGUGGCCACAAACAAUACAUUUGUAUCUUUUUCACACUCCCAGCCCAACAACAAUAACCGUAAAUUAGUGCGGAAGGGCAUUGCUGGUAAGCAACAAGCAGUCAAAGGAUAUGAAUGGAUAGAAAUGGGAGUGAGAGGAGAACACGUUGGGAUCCACACAGAGGAAGAAGAGAAAAUGGUUGAAUCUCUCAUGACAAAGAAGCGAUGGGUGACCUGGAACCACAGGGUGCAAUCUGCCCCUAAUCUGUAUCAUUUCACUCACAGUAUUGCAGCUGAUCCAUUAAGAUGCAACACAACUGGACCACAUGCUCUCUUACUAGGUGGAUAUCCAGAUGUUGACUACCCAAUGAACGAAGAUAGUACUUCACAACCUCCUUACCAACCAACAAUAUCCAGGGAGGGGCCUGAGUUUUUAAGAGUACCAGGAGAAGGAGGAAUAUCAACAAAGAGAGACUCAGAUUCCCAAUCUGUGAACCAGGGCUCUAGGAGAAAUUCCAGCUACAGCCAGUCUGGAGACGUAGAGACAUCUCCAGAGGCUUGGGGUUUCUCCAAAAAUUUGAAGUCACCCGUGUUACGGAGGAGGAGGCCAAUCAGCAACCAUCAGGGCCCCUCUACUCAGUCAUCUAGGCAGUUCUUCCAGGGCUCAGGACAGGAUUGGUCUUCAAACAACUACGCUUUCUCCAAUUCAGACUACACCCUAAAUAUCAAGAGAAACUCUGUUCCUUCUGACCAAAUCUCAGAUUCACACCGGGUGCUAAAACUGGGCUCCCUGAAGCAGAAACAAGGAAUGUUUUGGAACAUGCAUGAUAGAGUCUCUCCAGACCCCCAAACAUUGUCUGAACCUGAGCUGCCUGAUCUUAACUUCUAUGACAAAAGGCCCAAAAUGAAAACCCAAAGGAGUGCCUCCAUUCCUAACAUCACCAUUGAAGGAGGCCAUGGACUUCAUCUGCACUCCAGUGGUCUGUGCACAUUACCCCAGGCAGAAGAUACACAAUUUCCCCCCUCAGGACAUAAUCCAAACGGAUACCCUUCACCUCUGGAGGGUCUUUUGGAAAGAGCCAAAGACAGAGUGAGGAACAGAGAUGGAGUAAAAAGAGAGAGAAAUGUGAAAAUGGCCAAUUUGAGGUCAAGGUAUCACCCUCCUUCCCCCUCAUUUUCCACCACACCAUCACCGUCCCCCAGUGAUGGAGACAGAGACACAGAGUGGGAGGAGGAGGUGGAGCUAAUGAGGCACAGAGCCCUCACAGUGAGUAAAGGAUGGAAGGAGCAGCUGGUGGAUGGAGAUGAAGAUGAGAAGAGGAACAGUGUUGUCUUUACGGACGGUGUAAAUGUGGACUGGUCAGGUUGGUGCUUUGAUGAUGAUGAAGUCAUGGAUCAUUUACACCCUGGAGUUGAGGGGCUUCUGGAGGGCAUCAGUCGAUCUUUGGCCUUUUUGGAUCUCCACAGACUUUCAGAGCAAGAAGAUGGGGAGUGUAGUCAGGUGUAGCUGUGAAGCGGCACUACAGAGUCCUGUAGUCACUGAGUGGACCCAAAACUAGAAUGCCAAUCGACAACCUAUUAUACAAACUCAAAAUUCAGUCCAUGACUGUGAACUACAGAGGGACAAAUUAACAAGGACAGAAAGCUAUUUUAUGAAAAGCUGAAGCACACAAAAGAGGAAAAGGACCUUUGCGAACAGAAUAAACAAAUGUCUUUCUAGUAGUUCACUAAACUUCCAGUUUGCUGUUGACACAAACGUCUUCAAUCUGAAUUUAUGGCUAAUAAUGAUUCUGUAAUUAAUGUAAAAUAAUGUAGUUUAUUUUUAGAAUAAUACAUACAUGUGGUCAGUGUUUUGUGUAAAUAUAUUGAAACAUUAGUUUUAUAAAUUACUGUAUAUAUUAUUUAUAUCAGUAAUCAUUUUCCCUUCUCAUUGACCUGAGAGUUUUAGAUUGUAUAUAACAUAUUAAAUAAAACCCGAUUUAUUUCUGUUAAAUGUA